UAGCCUUCCCGUUAGCCUGCUAGCUUCCAGCCUCCAGCUCGAGUCGGCUUCAGGACGGAAUAACUCCCCCGGACCGCGCUCGCUGUUCGGAGGAGGACUUUCGGACAUACCGGAUGUACCUGCCGCGGCGUCGGUUCUCUUUACCGCCCGCGAGCUUCGAGGGGAGCGAGUUCCGGUGAGACGAGGGAGCUAAAAACAUUAGCAUUGGUGUUACGGCGACUUCUGCGACCUUUAAAAUCUCUUCUGUCUGAACCCCUGAGGUAAUGAUGACCUCUGACCUCUGACCCCUGUGGAUGGAGGAGGUGUUCCUCCACUUCCAGUCGGGCCCCCCCUCCAGACUCCCCUCGCUGCUCCGGACCGCUCAGAACCUUCUGGACCCGUUCCCCUGCCGGGCCGCCCCCGUCUUCACGCCAUGGUUCCCCUCCUCAGGCCAGCGGCCCCCGCUGAGGCCGGCCAGACCGCCGCCCGCCCUCGCCUGCGCAGGAGGGGGGGCGGAGCCAGAGGCUGAGCCCGCCCCCCUCAGACUACAGCCCGGGAGGGCGGAGCCAGUGGCUGAGCCCGCCCCCCCGGACCGCUCCCCCAGGCGGAGCUGGGUCGUGGCGGCUCGCAGCCGGGUUCCGUCCCAGCGCUCCAUGUCCAGACGCCUCCGGGACACGCUGUCCGUCCACAGGCUCCACCCCCUCCAGAGGGCGCGCUGGGUGAUCCACCGGGAGAACUGUGGAACCGGGACGGACCUGGAGCAGACGUGGCGCGCUCUGUGCCGGGCCGUCCGGACCGCCCCCCUCCCCUCCUGCACCGCCACCAUCCAGCGGGACCGGGCCGAGGUCUGGGUCUUCUGCGACCUGGAGUGGGCGGAGCAUGUGGGCCGCCGCCUGAAGAGGGCGCUGCAGCUGGAGGGCAGCAUUCGCCUGUGUGUGCGCACGGCGCCCGACAUCCUCAGCAUGUAGACCGCCGGGCUGGACCCGGGGGG